AUGAAACGACUUGAUGAAAUGUACUCUGGAAAACCUAUUCCGAAGGCUACGGGUAAGGAAACUCCUACAACAUCGACAUCGGGACGAGUUAUUGCCAAGGCAAAACGUCGAAUUGAAGGAAGUGCCAAAUGCGAUGAACUAAAUAAUUCGGUAAAGGUUUCCACGCCAUCUGGUGCUCCUCCACGUUUCAGUCUUGGUGAUGUUUCUGUGAUCAAGCCAAAUUUGGACGUUACCUUGACAGUUCCUACGCCAAAGGCCACGGAUUCCUCAGCAACAAGUGAAAAUGCCGGCGGUGGUGGCGGGGGCGGUGGACGAAAGCGAGCGAUUCGUGGAGGGGGACCGGCAGGAGGAACAGAGACAGUUGUGUUCCGUGGCAGUGAUCCAUCUGCUACACCAGCAGUGUCCCCUUCGGCAGCAAUCCUUCCAACUACCACUCUUCCAAAGCCAACUCCGGGAUUCUGGUCAAGCCAAAAAAAGGAUUCGGACAUUAAAGAUACAUCGAAACCAACAUUCUCCUUUGGCUCAUCAAAGAUAACGGGUUCUGCAGAGCAGGAUAACAACUUUCUGUGA